CGCCGACGACACCGGAUGGAGCGGGGGCGGGGCCUGGUGGGGCGGACCGAUCCUGGGCGGGGCCUGGUGGUGGGCGGGACGUUUCGGGGCGGACCUGGCGGGGACUUUUGGGCGGCCCUGGGCCCCAGGUGUGGACGCACCGCCGGUAGAGGUGGUGGGGGGACCGCUCCCCCAGCGCAGUGGGAGCUCCAGCAGACGGACUGGGCGGAGCCGUGGCUCAUGGGGCUGGCCGUCUUCCACGUGCUGUGUCUGCUGCUCACGUGUCUCUCAGCCCAGAGGUAUAAACUACAGGUCGGGCAUUUCCUCUGCUUAGUGAUUCUAGUUUAUUGUGCCGAGUACAUCAACGAAGUAGCAGCAAUGAACUGGAGGUCAUUUUCAAAAUACCAGUAUUUCGAUUCACGGGGGAUGUUCAUUUCUCUAGUGUUUUCAGCACCGCUGCUGCUCAAUGCCAUGAUCAUUGUGAUUAUGUGGGUCCGAAAGACUUUGAAUGUAAUGACUGACCUGAAAACGUUACAGGAGAAGAGAAGAGGAAGGAAGAGAAAAGAAGAGUAACACUGGAACAGUUGUGUUGGUUUUCUUAUGGACGUUGUUUUCCUCUGUUGUGUCAAGAGUUAAAGUGCGCAUCGGAGGCGUCCUUACUCGGCCACUCACGUUUGUGCAGAGGGUUCUUUUAUCGUGACAUCCGUGUUGUAGGACACACUUUAAAACUGGUUUUUAAAAUAAACACUAGUCUCCUGUUCCA